AUGGCGGUUGUCGAGAGCGAGACGCUUCCGGCGUCUCACGUUGCGGCGUCCUCGUCUACACCUGUUGCUUGUAGCAGUUCUUCUGCUCCGACAUCGUUGUGUACGGAUACGGGCCCCCCCCCUUCUCUGGGUGUCCACCCACCUAUUGAAACUGUAGAGGGUUUAAAUCUGAGCUCAGACCAGCUGCAGAAGGUGCGUGCUUUGCGUGCUGUGGUGGACGCCCUUCCAAUAGUUGAGGAGCUGCAGCAGGAAGCCCCGGUGGCAAAGGAGAAAAGUUGGUUGUCAGGCAUUUUCAGCAGAAGCAACAGCAGCAGCAGCAGCAGCGGCAGCGGAUCAAAGAAAGAAGUGCGGGAGUUGACAUGGGAGGAGGUUUUGUGGCUGUCUAACGACCUUAUCCUUUGGCGCUAUCUCCGGAGUUACAACUGGGAGGAAGCAGCAGCACAGCAGCAGCUCAUGCAGACAGUGCAAUGGAGAAGAGAGCGCAAACCCCAUCACAUACAGCCAGAAGAAGUCAUGGGUACAGCAGCCAGAGGCAGCGUGUACAGAAGGGGUUUUGAUGUUCAUGGACACCCCAUUGUCUAUUUCAAACCUGGACGAGAACCAGCUCAGUCAACGCGUGCUGCACAGGAUUAUACUUUGUAUACACUAGAAAAGGCCUUGCAAUCCGUGCCUGUGGGCAGCGGAAGGGAUCAGGUGGUGUUUCUGGUGGACUUUGCAGGCUUUCGGGUGUCUCAGGUGCCUUCAAUGGAUGUUAGCAGGGAAGUUGUUCAAAUAUUAAAUGAACAUUAUACGGAUAUUCUUGCAAAAGCAUUCUUACUAGAUGCCCCGGGUUACCUGGAUGGCAUAUGGCGACUUGUGCGCCUCAUGCUGCAUCCCCUCACCGCAGCAAAAGUUGAAUUCAUCAAUACCAGUAACCCUAAACAGCGCAGCAAAUUAACACAGCAAAUCCCUCUCCAUUUCCUCGAGCAAACCCUUGGAGGCACUUGCGAAGCUGCUUACAAUCAUGAGGUGUACUGGGAGGCAGAGGCCGCUUACCAUCAGCAAAUCCAAUCACACAACACGCAAACCCUCCUCAACAUGAAAAGCAACAAACAAUUCCUACACAGAACACAAAGUAACUCUUCAAACACGCCAGAUACAUCAGACACGCCACAGCAGCAGCGUCUUCUCGCAGAUGCUGCUCCGCGCUCCGCUGCAGCAGCACCUCUGAGGGUGGCGGCGGAGAGAGGAAACACGAAUGAGAUAGAUAGAGGAGGCACAAGAGAGAUGGCUACAGGAGACAACUGCACAAGAGACAAGCCCAAUAUAAUUUCACCUGAUAGGCAUGUGCAACAGGAGGCCAUGAUAGAGCAGGAGACGCUGCGAAAGGGACUGCUGCCCCCUGAGCGAGCCCCUGAGGGAUCCCCUGAGGGCGCCCCUGAGGGAUCCCCUGAGGGCGCCCCUGAGGGAGCCCUUGAGGGAGCCCUUGAGGGAGCCCUUGAGGGAGCCCUUGAGGGCGCCCCUGAGGGAGCCCUUGAGGGAGCCCUUGAGGGAGCCCUUGAGGAAGCCCUUGAGGAAGCCCUUGAGGGAGCCCCUGAGGGGGCCCCAGAGGGAGCCCUUGAGGGAGCCCCUGAGGGAGCCCUUGAGGAGGCAGCGGCCGUGGUAGCAGCAACCGGCUGCUGA